AUGUUGGGGAAUUACUCUAGUGUCACUGAAUUUCUUCUCUUAGGCUUCCCUGGCUCCCAAGAACUACACCAUUUCCUUUUUGCCAUCUUCUUCUUCUUCUACUCAGUGGCAGUACUGGGAAAUACGGUCAUCAUCAUCACCGUCUCUGUUAACAAACGUCUGCAGUCCCCCAUAUAUUUCUUUCUUGGCCAGUUGUCCAUUCUGGAGACCUUGACCACAUCCACUGCUGUCCCUUUUAUGCUCCGGGGGUUGCUGCUUUCAAGGACUCAGAUGAUAUCUUUGACUGCAUGUGGAGCACAACUGUAUUUGUACCUUUCACUGGGUACCUCAGAGUUCACGUUACUGGGAGUGAUGGCUGUGGACCGUUAUGUGGCCGUCUGUAACCCUUUGAGGUACGACAUCAUUAUGAACAGCUGCACCUGCAUGUGGAUGGUCAUCGUGUCGUGGGUGUUUGGGUUCCUUUCUGAAAUCUGGCCAAUCUAUGCCACGUUUCAUGUUACCUUCUGCAAAUCAAACCUGAUAGACCAUUUUUACUGUGACCGAGGGCAGUUGCUCAAACUAUCAUGUGAUGACACUCGUUUCUCAGAGUUUAUUCUGUUUUUACUGGCUGUUUUUAAAAUUUUUGGUUCUUUAAUCACUACAAUUGUAUCUUAUGCCUACAUCAUCUCCACCAUCCUCAGGAUCCCCUCAGCCUCUGGCCGGAGUAAGGCCUUCUCCACCUGUGUCUCCCACUUCACUUUUGUUGUGAUCGGCUACGGUACCUGCUUGUUCCUGUUUGUGAAACCCAAGCAAACGCAGGCAGCCGAGUACAACAGGGUAGCGUCACUGCUGGUUUUAGUGGUGACCCCUUUUCUGAACCCUUUUAUCUUCACCCUCCGGAAUGACAAGUUCAUACAGGCUUUUCAAGAUGGCAUAAAACGUUGCUAUCAACUUCUCAAGGAUUAG